GAAAAAAUGCCCAUUCUCCGGCCUCCGCCGCCACCCAUCUCCGGGAUUCCCGAUCAACAGCUCCUCCGCACGACACCGCCGUUCUCCGGUCAUCGCGACAUCCUCCAACGAACUUACUCUCUCUCUUUUCUCGAGUGUUUCACAACGUGUCAUGUUGGCUACAUCUUCUUCCAGGGGAAUCACUCUUCGAUUUCUCAGGAACUUCAAAGGGGACUCCGGAUGCUGUCUGCUUCACUUAGCAAAAGACAAACCUGGUAUCUGUUUCUUACCUAGUGGACGGUGCUCUUUCGGACAGUUGCCUUGUCACUUCAUCCAUGCAGAGCAGAGACACCUCAGAAACACGAGUUCCCUUUGGAAAAUUCCAUAUGUAUCCUUCUCCUUGGACUUCUUACAAGGACAGAGAGUGGGUUUAUCUGAGCACAAUGGCAUGCUUGGCAGAUGUUUCUUGGCACGAUACAUGAGUAAUACGACAAUAGAGAUACGAGCAGAUGAUGUUGAUGAUGUGGUCAGAUUUUCUUUCAACAAGGCGGAUGGCAGAAAUGUUCCUACAAGGAAAGAGAAGAAAAUGAAGCGGAGGAAAAUGUCAAGAAAGGCUAAACUGAACGAGCUUAGGUUUUACCGCCUCAAGGCGAAAAAGAAGAUGAAUUCUCCAAACCCGGAAGUUAGGAUCCGCUACAAGCUUGAAAAGGCUAAGAGAAAAGAGGAAUGGUUAAUCGAGAAACUGAGGAAAUACGAGGUCCCAAAAGCUUCAGCAGAACCUUAUGAUCCAGAAAUUUUAACAGAGGAAGAGAGUCAUUACCUAAAACGUACAGGUGAAAAGAGAAAGAACUUUGUCCUUGUCGGGAGACGAGGAGUAUUUGGAGGUGUUGUUCUGAAUAUGCAUCUGCAUUGGAAAAAACAUGAAACCGUGAAAGUUAUUUGCAAGCCCUGUAAACCCGGGCAGAUUCACGUGUAUGCAGAAGAGCUUGCUCGGCUAAGCAAAGGCAUUGUGAUCGAUAUAAAGCCUAACAAUAUGAUAAUCUUCUACCGUGGGAAAAACUAUGUAAGACCGGAGGUGAUGUCCCCUCCUGAUACCCUCUCUAAAGAUAAGGCCUUGGAGAAAUAUCGGUAUGAGCAAUCGCUUGAGCAUACGAGUGAGUUCAUAGAGAAGCUGGAGAAAGAGCUUGAAGAGUACCAGAAGCAUGUUGCUCGUUAUAAGAAGAAGAAAGAAGAAGAAGAAGAAUCGGCAAAGAAGAAAGAGGAAGAUGCGGUCUCUGGAUUCAGAAGAUAACCCGAUUCUUAUCCGAAAAAUCUGGUCAUGUUUCACCAUUUCUUGUCAUAGAGUUCGAUUCUUGAAGAAACAAUGAAAGCAGAGCAAGCUCAGAUUUUUGUUUCUCUGGUGCUUCAAAGUAAUGAUAUUUGUGCUUUAAAGUA